AUGUCUGACACAGGUGAUAAUCAGGCUGCCACGAUUGACCGCACUGAUAGCGAUGAGUCGUUGAUCUUGAUGACCUCGUCUUUGCCUGUUACCGUUAACUUUGUCCAGGAGACCCCUGGUGACCUGUUCGACGCCCCCAAUGGGGCUGCUCUGAUCCAUGCGUGCAACUGCCAGGGCGUCUGGGGCGCAGGCAUUGCCCGUGCAUUUCGUGAGCGGUAUCCUGCCGCCUACAAAAUCUACCGCAACCACUGCCUCAUUUACCAAGGCCACCCAGUCACCAACAUCAUCACCGACCUACGCAAUGAGGACCCGCAGCCCUCGCUCGUUGUCCACCGUCCCCUCGGAACUGCACUCAUUAUCCCACCCCAGCAGAGUGACUUCACCCUACACCGCCGGCGCCAUUGGAUAAUUUGUCUCUUUACCUCGGAGAAGUACGGCAGCCGCAUGGAUUCGGAGGAUAUGAUUGUCAAUAGCACUUUUGCUGCCCUACAGGACCUGAGUGGACAGCUACGAGUUCUUUCCCAGCAGGCUUCCGAGACCGGUAAUGAGCGACCCCAGAGUCUCUACUCCAGCCGUUUCUGCUCUGGUUUGUUCAACGUUCCCUGGGAACGCAUUCGUAAAUUGAUCAACACAGUUGGUCUGCGUGUCAAUGUGUAUUACCCAUUUGAGGCCAGCAACCGCCGCGCUCGCCCCAUUCGCAUGGAGCAUCCCAGCGAGAGUCACCAGGGCUGA